AUGAAGCUCUCCUUGAUUGCCUUAUCCCUACUUGCUGGAUGUUCAGCAAGAGUUCAUCCAAAGCUCCGUGGUAUUGCCAAAGAAGAAGAGAAGGAGUAUUAUGAUUUGAUGCUCCAACAGGCAGUUUCCAGUCUCACAGCUGCACCAACGCAGCCGAGAAUGGAAACACCACCGCCAACACCACCGCCAACACCACCACAAACACCUCCGCCAACACCACCACAAACACCACCGCCUACACCACAGCCUUCUACUCAAGGUAACCUUGUCACCCCAGCACCAGUUCCAGCAACGCCAUCGCCAACGGCAAGGUCAACAAAGGCCCCGACAAAGAAUCCAACUAAGGCUCCAACACAGGCGCCAUUUGCCGGACCUUCGACCGAAGCACCUACCAGCUGCAACUUUGUCAUUGACAACUGCCCAGAAUCGUGUUUCUCGGCAAAUCAAUCCCAGCGUCCGUUGCAAUGCACAGAUAACGACAUUCAGCGUCCCGACUGUAACGAGCUUCCAUUCCCACCGUUGGAGAGCUGUCCUCUAUGUUGUCCCGAGCUCUGUAUGAUGGACGUGAUUGCAGGAUGUGUAACCACACCCGUCCCAACUAUUGAGCCUUCGCCAGCUCCAUCUCCAGUGCCAACUCCUUGCAGAGAUCUUACUGUUCUAUGUCCUGAAAGAUGCUGGGAAGUCGAUCCUUUUGACCGUUUGCCCCUCUGUGUCGACUUCAACCGACCCGACUGUGAUACCCUUCCUUUCCCAGCAGAUGGCUGCCCAACGUGCUGUCCAUCUCAGUGUGUGGAUGCUCCUGAAUUGGGUGACUGCAGUCCCACGCCACUCCCAUCCAUCCCACCUUCCCUCGAACCUACCCAAUGUAUUCCACCACCAGGCUGUCCUUCCACUUGCGCUGACGUGACAACUCCAAACUCGCUCUGUUCCGCCGAAUGCAUUGCUUGUCCACCCGUGGAUUGUGAGGUCGAUAUCCAAAUCGCCCCCACUUGUCCAACAUUGUCUUGCGGAUGGGACACUUGUGAUUCAGCUCCCUUGCGAUUUGAGUUCCUCUUCCAAGGUGGUGCAUGCUCGUCUUCUGCAUUUGAACGAUGUGCUCCUGGUUCCGACCCAUGCACCUGCACCAGAUCUGUUGUCGACCAAGCCAACUGGCCUGCGGGAUUCUCGUGCAAUGACCUCAAUGGAGGUCCACCAGCACCUACUCAAGUCCAAGCACGAAGCUGGAUCGAAGUUCUCGGUGGCGGUACCACUUACUUCGAAGGACAAGUCCGCGUGGGAACCUCCUUCAAUGUCACCAGUCCAAACGGAUUGGCACUCGGAUCUACCAUCACCAUUCGCAUCUUUGAAUUCGAUGCCGCAAACAAUGGACCCGGUGAUGCUCUCCAAGUUGUGACCAUGGCCAGCACCUGCGCUGGAGAAAGUUUGUUCUUGACUGACAAGUUUGGAGCAUCUCGUGUUGUGGAGUUCCAAGAUCAAAACUCUUUGGGGUCUCUCUUCCAGCCAACUCCAGUCCAGUACACGUUGGGAAUCGCGGCCGGCUCUGACGCUACACAAUUGCAGCUCAGUACUGCCAACAUUGUCCUUCUUUCUCCUGGAAACUUUGGAAGACUCUCUGGUCCACAAUUGGGUAAUGUAGAUGUCGUUGGAGUGUCUGUUCCACCCACCCAGACCUUGACUACUGACUUUGUCACCGUUCCCGAUGAAGAUCACCGUAUCCUUGCAUCCUUCGGAGGAGUUGUGGAUGGACGAGAAUGCUUUGGUAUUCAAGAAUCUCUUUUCAGCUGCCCCAGUUCAUAA